AUGCGAAUGGAUCACCAAGAAGAUAUGGCUAGUGACGAUUCGAGCGAGCAUUCAUCGGAUUCUGAUGCCCCUUUUCACCCAGAAAAGGAGCCUGACCAGGGAGAGGCCAGUGAUCGUGAUGCAGAUGCGUUAGAUGAGUGGAUGGAGAGAUUUGAGCUAGAGGCUGAUAGGAAUGCUUUACUUGGCAUUGAGGUGACAGGUUCAGGUCAGACCACUACAUAUUAUGGUGCACAGGGGAGCGGGAAGAAGUCAAGUGGGAAUCCAAAGGCAACACGAAAGAGUAAACGAGGUCCCACGAUGAAUCUCCACAACACAGGAGAUAUGGUCUUAGAGUUCGAUGAUUUGGGAAGACCAACAGGUCCAUGGCGAGCCAAGUAUGGUGUUUGGAUCGGUCUUUCUAUACGGAAGCUGAACAUCAACUGGUCAUGGAGACACAUUUCUCCUACCUUGUUGGAUGUGAUGUGGACAGACACUAUGAACAUGUUUCACAUUCCCGACGAGGUUCGAUACAAGAAGCUCUACUUAUCUGUUGUGAACGUUAGAUGGAGGGAUUUUAAGAGCAAAUUGGUAUCUGGUUGGAUAACAAUGACGAGAGUUAGAUCAAAGAAAGAGAAGUUAGGUGAUAGUCCGCGAGACGUAUACAAGCACAUCAAGAAGGAGGAUUGGGCCACUUUCAAAGAAAAGAUGUCAGAUCAUGCUAUAAAAAAGCGAGAAAAGGCGCUUGAGAGCGCAAAGAAGAACACACAUCAUCACCACUUAGGUCAGAGGAGUUAUGGAGAUGCUAGAGAGUUGUGGAGGCAGGAGAAAUUCGGUCCACCUAGUUUUGAUUCUGGAUCGUCUUCUAGUACACCAUCCUCCUCGGUGUCCUCCAGUUUUAACCGGGGUGAUGAUUGGUGGUGCGCGAUGCAUAAGAAAGAUCCUGUUACUAAACAGAGAUUCAUUCCAGAUGAGGAAACAAAGAAAGCAGCUGACAAAUACGUAUUUGGAGUACAAGGAGAAGCAAGCCAAGGGUGA